GCCACCGUUGUUGUAUUAUCAUCUAUUUUAACAUUAUUGUUAAUACUAAGAAAAAUAAUAAUUUUAAUAAUAAUAAUUAAGCUGUUGUGUAUAUAAUCAUUUAUUAUUUAGUUUACUGUUAGCAGUUGUGCGGAUAAAAGUUUUCCAGUGUGGUGAAUAAAUGUGUAUCAUGCGAUUAAGGAUUAUGUUGGAUGUUCCUCGUAUACCAGAAAAAUAAAAUAAAAAGAUAUAUUUAUCGGUAUUUCCUAUAUUUGGUUUUCAUAAAACAAAUUUGAUGGAGAAUACUACUUCUACUGCAUUCACAACUGAAAAUCAAUCGUCAAAUAAGAAUAAUGAAUUGAAAGAUGGGGAUAAUAUUGAAGAUAGUCAACAACAGCAUCAGAGACGCCACAGGACUACCGGAAAUGGUCGAUGGUGUACCAGUAGCGUUCGAUCACGGUCCUCUACGUCAUUUCUCAUACACAAUUUACUUAUAUCUUGUUCUGAUGAUGCUAAUGACGUGCAAAAAACUAUAUCUCCGCCUUCGCAUUCGCUGGUUGAACAAGAUAACGACAAUGAAGAUACUAGUAAUAAUAGUUGUAGCAGUGAAAGCAAAAGUAGAAGUUGCAGUCCACAAGAGAUACAAUUAUCAUCCCCUGUGAUGGACGUUAAAGAAGAAAAAAAUAACGAUGUUAACGGAAUGUAUGAUGCAGAACAUUACAGAAUUAAGAGACGUAAAUGCACCAUUCCUUUUAGAAGGAGAACAGCUAAGAAAGAUGAGAGCAGCAGCACUAAUGGUAGCGGCGAUAGUGAUGUCGAAAAAAAUGAAACUGAUAAAGAAGCAGCAUCCCUAAAAAUUUCAGAGGAAGAUUCACAAAUGCAAUCGAUUCAAACCCAACCACCGCCUAUUUCAAUAUACCUAUCCACAACUAUGAAUCAUCAACUUCAACAAUCUGCUCUACAGACAUCAAACCAAACACCCAUUUCAACGUCAACCAUGCCUGUGUCGUCGCUAAACUUCAGCGUAAAUGCCAUUCUCAGUGGUGGAGGAUGUUCUAAUGGGCGAAGCAAUAGUACAAGUAGCGAUUGUAGCACCGGAAGCAAUGGGAGUAACGGGUCCAGUGGUUUCGGGUAUGGUGGAAAAAUGAUGAUGCCACAUCAACAAAAUAUUUAUGACACCGGUCAACAGCACAGUCAACAUUUGGCUUCUGCAGCUUUUUUGCGAAUUACAGCCGCGGCCGCAGCAGCUUCCGCUUCAUCGCCUUCUGGUCCAAUGUUUUACCAUCACCAACAUCUAGCUUCAGUAGCUGCUCUCCACCACCACCACCAACAACAACAACAACAACAACAACAGCAACAGCAAUUACACCAAAACCGAGUACACGCGGUAACCUGCAGCCCGUCACCGACACCUCCACCGUCUUGUCUACCAACCGCCACGUCGAACACACCGCCAACUUGCACCUUCUUGACAGACGCCACCAGCACAGUGACCACUGACCCACAGCCGGCACAAUCUCUCCGGACUAUUGCCAAGCCCAUCGCGCGCAGGCCCGCCAACGCCGCGAAUCCCAAUGUGGGCGCCAACGGGAAUCUUCACAACUCGGCAUUGCUGCCGCUGGCCGCCGCGGCCGCCGCAAAUUUGGCGUCCAACAGACCAUCAAGCGGCGGCGGUCUGGCGAACAACGCCAAUGAGAGUUCUGUCGGCGGCGUCGCAAGUGCCUGCAAUUCCACAACACUGUCGAACACGUCCACAUCUUCAACUAAUCCCGGUCCAGGACGACCAAAUGGCGUUGGAACAAACAGAUUCCCUAUAGUACACCCUCAGUACAAUUAUCGCCAUCAUUUAGCUCAUCAACAUCCUCACACUCAUCAUGAAAUUCUCAUGAUGCAGUCCCGAUCAAAUAGUGUGUCUAGCUCCAACAAUGGAACAUCGAACUCUUUAGCUUCCGUUCCUCCGUCGCCUUUUUCAUCUUCCACCACGUGGCCUUAUAAUGGGGGAUCCAGUGCAAACGGAGGAGGACCUGUACAUAUAAGCGGAACGACCGCAUCACAUCAUCAUAGAAUUACGCCAUUGCACCAUCAUCAGCAUCACCCAUCAGCAACGACCAUGCUAUUAAUGAGCACCAACAACAACACCUUAAAUGUGAUGAACGGUGUAGUGGUUGGUGGAAAUAACAGGGGAAAACCACGGAGAGGCAUGAUGCGACGGGCUGUAUUCUCUGACGCACAGCGGAAGGGCUUGGAACGUCGGUUUCAGGUGCAAAAGUAUAUCAGCAAACCAGAUAGAAAGAGAUUGGCCGAUAAGCUUUCGUUAAAAGAUUCGCAGGUAAAGAUAUGGUUCCAAAACCGUCGGAUGAAGUGGCGCAACACUAAGGAACGGGAACUACUGGCGGCCGGCACUGGUUGUCGCGAACAGACUUUGCCGACGAAAAACAACCCUAACCCGGAUUUGAGCGACGUGACGACGACGUCCACAGCAACGUCCAUUGGUAGCGCGUUGCCGUCUUCGUCAACUGCGGCAACGACUUCGACUGCGGCACCCGGAACGGCGACGUCGGCGAUACCAACAUCAGCAGCCGGCCAACAGGACAAAAAAAAUCCCAAUGGCAUGAAAAAUCACCAUCAACAUCCGCAUCACCAGCAGCAGCAUCAUCAUUCGGUCCAACAAAAGAAGAUCAACGUGGCAGUGGAUCAGAUGCUGCUGAACAGAGGCAGCGGAAGUAGUGGCGGUGCCGGGCCACUUGUCGUCAGGCAACAGCAAGUGUUGUAAUAUAGUUAUAAUUAC